CACUGCUUAAACACAGCGUCGUUACCCCAGGCCCACUAUAGCGGGGUUCAGCCAAUCACUGCCAAGGCAGGGCGACGGUAUACCAGGGGUGACACGGCAACUCGGAGGGCAUCGUCAUAGAGACAGGGUAGUCACAAGUCGAUCUUCACCCGAUAGUAGCGACCUACACCAGCUCAGGGAAUUAAAUAGGGGAAAACAAUCACACUCUUCCACCAUGUCGGACGGAGAUACCAGGGACGCACAGGACAAAACAGGGGAGCAUUCCGAAGAAGGAAACUCCAGGAAAGUCAGCAAAGAAGAGGACCCAGCACAACGACGAGACAGCGCCGACAAACGGAAGGAGGAGAAAGAUGGAGCCAAGUCGGACCGGAAGAACAGUUCAGACCGAAAACCAGAUGAAGGCAACCGGCAAGAGGAACAAACAGACACUGAAUCAGCCUCCGCACUGGACGCGCAUGAGCCAGAAUCAGGGCAGGAUUGGAGUAAUACCGAGGGAGGUUUACCAAAUACCGGUAGUAAACCUGUGAGUAAAGACAAUAUGGACGAAUCGAAGGUCAGUGUAGGUAGUGAGGUAGAGCAGAAGAGUUCUGCAGAACAAGGGGGUGGGGAUGAGCUCGGGGAUCACGUGGAGGAUGCACAUAGUAACAGUGAUGAGAGAGAGAACAGUUCCGGUAAACAUGCCGAAGCUGCAAAUAGCUCAAACGAAAAUGGUAGCCAUGAUUCUGGAUCCCCAAAUGCUCUGCCAGAUUCUGAGAAAACUGACACUGAAAAAGAAGCGGACGAUACGGGUCAGGUUGUUACGUCACGUGAUGCGAAGGGAGAUAAUCACGUCGGGGAAGUGGCUGGGGAUGAGGAAGGGGGGGAAAGUGGAUCAGAGUCUGAGAAUGACGAUUCCGGGGAUGAGGAAAAUGAGGCAGAUGACGUCACCGCUGAAAUCAGUCAAGCACAUUCUAAAGAUCCUAACCAAUCACAAGAGAAUAGGUCAGAAAAAGAAGAAACCAAUAACCGUGUCGACGAAACAACGGAAACAGGUGAAUCACAAGCCGCAGCACAAGAGCACAGUUCUACGGCAGAUAACAGCGUAAGUAAAACAGCUGACGACACAACAGAGCGUAGACAAUCACUGACUGAAAAAUCCGACUCAGCAGAGCGAGAAGCGGAAAUAGAUGGGACAGAAAACAAUCGCAUGGAUACGAACGAUUCUGACCCUUCAAAGACCCAGUCACAGGAGGAAACGCCCCCUAGUGGUACAGCGGAAAGAAGUGACGUCAGGUCGGAACAUAGCCAACCCCAAACUGAAGACCCGAACCAACUUCCGGAGAAAAGAUCCCAUGAAGGCGAUACAGACAGUGGCGCAGGUUUAGACGAAAAGGAGUCAUGUGUGCCAGGGCAAGCUUCACAGUCACGUGGUGACGAGAGUAGGGGAGAGGAUCAGGUAAUAAUUAAUUCAGAUGAUAGGGAAAAUAGCGAAGAAUUACAGGAGACAAGCGGUAGUAAUCAGGUGGACGAACGGCCAGGGCAACGGAUGGAGAAUGGGCAUUCAAAUCAGGACAGUGAGAUACAGCAAGGAAGUAAUGGAGAUGAUACAGAUGAAACGUUACAGACCCGGAGGCUGUCAGAGAAUGAAUCACAUAAUGUGAUUGGAGCAGAUUCUACAGAGGCUGACAAUACAAGAGAAAAUGCGGAGGAAGACCAAAGCGAGUCUUGGCAGCGAGACGGUGGCACUGGGGGAAACCAGGAGUCUUCCUCUUUGGAUGGUCGUAAAAAGGAUGAAAACGGAGACUUUGAGUUUGAAACUUCUAGUUUGAGUCAAACUGAGGGUGAUACUACAAGAGGCCAGCCUCCGAUAUCAACCGUGUACGUUAAGGCUCCUAGGAGGCAGUCAGAUCAGGAUUCCGACUCCACCCGCAGCCAGGAUGAGAUCGAGAUUGUGAGUCAGGCCAACAGACAAGAUGGCGAUCAACAGGAAACACAGAACGAGGAGAACGGGAGUGAAACUGAUACGACGAAACAGGUCGGGGCUGAGAUUGAGGAAAAGGGAGAGGCUGAAGUUGAGGAAAAGGAAGAGGUUGAGGUUAAACAAGAGGUCCAGGAGGAUAUCGCCAAUGACGAUGGGGAGCAGGGUGAGGUUGGUGUUAAUUCAGACGUUAAGGCAGAGGAAAUGGCCGAAACUGAAGAUCCGAGUGAGGUGGUUAAUAAUGGUGAGGCUAAAGACAACGGAGGGAUAGGAAAGGACGUUGAAGAGGAUGGCGAGGUAGGCGAGAGGGACAAAGCGGAGAACGGCGAGGUAGGAAAGGAGGAAGUUGAGGUUGAGCACAGGAAGGAAAGUGUGGCUCAUGAUUCAGUUAAGGAUGAUAAUUUGGAUAAAGAGGUAAAGGUAGAGAGUGAGGUUACAAAUACGAUUGAGGGUGUACAGGAUAGGGUUGAAGGCGACGACGAAGAUGAAAGUGGGGAAAGUGAGGAAGAAGAGGACUCAAGCAGCGAGGAGGACGAUGAGACAGGCGAAGACAGUGAAGACGAUAUCGAAGAUGACAAGACGUCUGCUUUAGUUCCAGGUAACAAGACUAUAGAAAGUACAGAGGUCCAAGCUGGGCAGCAGACAGAGAGUGAGAACACCAGGAAGGAGUCCACAGUGUCCGAGAAUCCGCCUCCUGCUGCAACAAAGGAGGAGCCUGGAAGGAACAAUAGGGGUGAGGCCAAUGUCAAGGACGAAGAGAAGGGUGUACAGCCAGAGGAAGAUAGGAGAAUUAGCAUUAAGGGGGACAGCAAGAGUAUCCGCAGUACGCACAGUGCUCAGUCUAGGGGUAGCGUUGGUCAAUCUAGACAAUCUCUCAGGGCUUCGAGAAUCAGUGUUGAAAAGCACGUCAAACCUGAGGUGCUAGACACCCCGGUUGACGCUGCACAAGCCCCAGGGCCAAGAGGAGACGAGGAGGAACAGGAUAAGAAAUCCGUGGCUACAUCACGGGCUUCACUGACUGAGAGAGGAACUGGCGAGGAGGAUGCGAAAGCAGACUCCAAAAGUAUAGUGAGUCAAGAUAGGAAUGAGAAGGAUGACACGACAAUACACACAGAUGUCACUGACAAUGCGAACAAUGAAUCGCAGCAACAUUCUGAUUCCAAAACAUGUGCUACAAGUCAAGAAAAAGAACCAGUUAGGGAAACAAAGAACACGAACAAACCAACAAGUGCCAAACAGGUGCAUCACAGGCAGGAGAAGAAAAACGUCCCUCGAGGACGAACCGCGGUCGUCUCGCCUCAGAGAUCCACGUCAUCCCCACAGCGAGGCCGAGGGAGCUAUGGGUCGGAAGUGAGGAGUGCCCGGAGAAGCCCGAGGGAGACCUCAAGGAGUCAGACAAGAUCCCCCACAAGACCUCGCACGACGAUGACCUCGAGAUCAAGUAAAGGGGGUAAGAGUAAAGGGCGCAAGAAAACCAAAAAGAAGAGUCCGAGGGAGGAAAACCCCCAGGAAGAACCUGACGAUCCUGAUGGCCGCUCCAAGCAGAGGGAGUUCUUCAGGGAGGAGCUCAAACGCCUGGAGGGAGCGCUCAAGAGGGAGAAGUCGAAAAUAAUCAAACCUGAAGUUAAGAAACACACUCCAUACAUCUUCAACACACUGGAGCCCUACUACAACACUUCCACCGUCCGAUACCUGGUGGAGCUGCCGGAAGAGGUACAGCACCGGUUCGUGAGCCGGAAGACCGCUAUCGGGCUGUGUGACCCCUGGGUGGACUACAGCAUGGACACCAAGUUCCUGCCCCGCAUCUCCACGUCCGCCCGGGCCGUCAACAGGCAGCAGGAGAUGGAGAAGCGAGACGAGAAGAUUCGGGAUCGAGAGAAGCGCUCUAAAAAGGAAGGAAGCACCAGACUGCCCAAGUUCCCUGUCGUCACGCUCGACUCCAAGGAGCUCGCCACCAAACCGUUAUACUACAGUGAUGUUCCUGAACUAAGGCGGGAGCUCCGUGACAAAUACAGUCAGAACGCAACAAAGAAAAUCGACGAAGAUUACACGCGAACAAAACAAGACUUCUACCGCAUGGAUCUUGACAAGCUUGAUGAAGUGCAUCCUUUGAACCGCCCGCACAUGCGCAAUGCAUAUUUCGCCUACCUCCAGAAUACCCCUGGCUCCAGGAAGGCGGUGGUGGAGUGCGUGAAGGGAUUGAAGGCGGAAGGCAAGGCGAACUAGGCAUUGCGCAUGCGUUGUGCAAAGCAGACGGUGUAAAUAAACCAUAGCAAUAUUGUACAUAUCUUAUACGUCGUGGAAAUAAUGUUGAGUUUUCAGCUGGUCUCGCAUUUACCCAUACUGUAUCAUCUACUCUUGGAAUAAGGUUAAGCGCCCCUCUGCUAAUUGGUCAUUAGGUUUGAAAACCUGUACAUAAAUAAGCUGUCGAUAAGUAAGGACAACAAUCAUGACAUUUUCGAAAGAGGUAUUCCUAAUAUUGGUGGACAUUUCAUUGUGUGUAUUACUUAAAAUACGUGCGUUACGUGCAUGACCAUCUUCUCGGGGCAAGGGAGAUAACUGACUAUAAAACUAGACUUUUAAGGUCAGUUAUCUCCCUUGCCUCUGGAAGAAGGUGCAUGAAAUAUGCAGUGAAACUCCUUCCAUCCGGUAAAGUCGUCCGGAUUAACGAAAUAGUUACGGAGAAUCAUGAUUUGUAUGUAUAUAUACAUUCCUAAUUGUUCUGACGACGGAGCCCAGUCUAAAGGGGCUUCACUGUAUAAAAUCUACACGAACAGAUCAUCUCAGGAACGAAGUAUAACGCCGUUGAUGUCGACAACGUAGAUGGAUUAUCAUUUACCGUUUUCUGUCAAACAUCACAAAGGUUUAUAAAGCGUUUAUGAUAGACAUCCAGAGGUAGACAGAGUAAAUGUAUGUUCCAAAAUAAUGGCUCCAAUACAUAAACUUUAAAAGCAGGAUUAGAGGGGUCGAUAGUCGGAAGCCAGUUGAAGAAUGUUUCCGCCGAUAUAUAUAUAUGUGCCUUAUAUGACCCCUGACACAACCGUCUCCAUACGUCAACCGUUACUGAUGUCAACGUUAUUUUCGCGACUUCCAUUAAACUGUUAUAUUUGUAUGCAUAGGUUUCUUCUACAUACGUGUUCCUGGGACAAGCAGGGGCGGUCGGGUAGCCUAGUGGUUAAAGCGUUCGCUCGUCACGCCGAAGACCCGGGUUCGAUUCCCGACAUGGGUACAAUGUGUGAAGCCCAUUUCUGGUGACCCCCGCCGUGCUGGAAUACUGCUAAAAGCGGCGUAAAACCAUACUCACUCACACACUCCUGGGACAAGCUACAUAAAAUCGGGGUAUAUUUCUCUAUUUCGCGUUAUUGACAAAAAUGUAGAAUGAGGUAUGUCUUGCGUCGUAAAUGCGUCUGUGUAUUGGAAACGUAUGAUGUACUGAUAGACACUACGUCUACUCGUCGGAAAUAGUUUUAUCAGUGAAACACGUUAUGGAGUUCCGACAAUGUUCCGUCCGUUUUGAACGAUGUAAUAAAAUGUUUAUAUCACGGGCACUUGGCUCACCGAAUCAGCAUAUAUGCAUGCGAUGUAUCAGCAUUACAUUACAUUUCAUAGUGUUAACUGCCUCCAACUGUGACUCGUUUGAUUACAUAGAGAGUCAUGCGACACCAGGGUGAACCGAGCGAUUACAUUGUCAAUUGUCUGAUUACAUAGUCAUGUGACUAUUUUGAUUACAUUGUGGGUUGCAGGACCAUGGGUAAGUCAUUACACAUUGCGAGAUGUAGUGUGACUCGAGGGUAAUUGCAAUGGUAGACCGGUGUAAGACACGUGAUUGCAUUGUAGCCAUGUCAUUGGGAGUGGCAACAUCCAGUUAUCUUGUCCAAGAGGGUUGCCUGACACUGUUCCUCCCUGGGUGCUGUUGUACAAAACAACCUUUAAUAGCGCUGUGGUGAUCGUAAGUCUGUUAAAGUAUGGGAGUUUGGAUCACCUUAGCGCUAAGAUACCUUUCUACAACGGCACCCUGGCUGCCGAGGACACAGAAGUCAUCCAAGAGGUAUCCAGUGUGCAUGUGUAGAAGUCUUUUCGACAGUCACUUCAUAAGUGAUAACACCAAGACUCAACUCAUUUCAAGAUGGUCUCUCGCUCUGGUGUAGCUAAAUCGAAGCCUUUCGUUACAUCAUUACUGUUGUACAGAAUACAUAAGCCUUUCUGUGAUAUAUUUAAUGCUUUAACCAAAUUGUAAUAAAUAUCAUAUAAAUCUG